AUGGUUGAUGAUGAUGAAGCACCCUUGAUUUAUGGUGUGGAAUUUCAAGUUCGAGCAUUAUGUGCAGUUAGUGGUAUACAAGAUGAUGAUACAGUUCGUUUUCUAGUUGGUACUCAAUCAAUUAAAUUUGAAAAUCAAGUUCAUUUUCUCGAAUAUGAUGAAGAAUCAGGUAUAUUAGGAAAGUCAAUCUAUUCUCAUCGAGCUGGAGAAAUUUGGCGUAUGGCUUCAUCACCAAAUGAUCAUCGUCAUUUUGCAACGAUAUAUCAAACUAUUAAAGAUUCCAAUGUUAUUAGUAAAUGUACAGUAUGGCAAGUUCCAAUAGAUUCUACAAAUGAUGAACCACAUUCUCCAAUAAUUGAUGAUUCAUCAAAUCAACUUCAUCAACCAUUACGAAAAAGAUUUGAUUUAAAUGUUCCUCAUUCAAAUAUAAUUGAUGUUGAAUGGGAAACAAAUGGUGAACGAAUAGGAACAAUAAGUGAAACAAAUAUUUAUAUAUGGAAUGUCGAACAACAUGAUUCACCACAAAUCUUAUCAACUGGUUCAAUUGAUUCAAAAAGUGGUGCACUUAAUAAAUUAUCUUGUUGUCGAUGGAAUCCACAUAUAAGUACUAAUCAAUUAGCAACUACUCUUGGACCUCAUAUACGUGCUUGGGAUUUAAGAUCAAUGAAAUGUUCUUUUUCAAUUGAUAAUGCUCAUCCACCAUAUGUUCGUGAUAUUGAUUAUAAUCCUAAUCGUCAAUAUCAUUUAAUGACAUGUGGAGAUGAUUGUCGAGUUAAAUUUUGGGAUGUACGAAAACCUAAUGAAUGUUUGAAAAUAUUAACUGAUCAUUCUCAUUGGGUAUGGUCAGCACGAUACAAUCGUUUUCAUGAUCAACUUAUAGUAACAUCAAGUAGUGAUACUCGUGUUAUGCUAUUCAAUAUAGCUAGUCUAUCAUCAGAACCGUAUGGAAGUUUAAAUGUAUCUGAUGAUUCAAAGGAAGAAAUGGAAGAAACAGUAAGUGAAGAUCGUCUUGUACGUGUAUUUGAUGAACAUGAAGAAUCAGUUUAUACUGCUCAAUGGGCAUCAAAUGAUCCUUGGUUAUUAGCAUCUCUUAGUUAUGAUGGGCGUCUUAUACUUAAUCGUGUACCAAAAAAUGAAAAAUUUCAAAUUCUUCUUCGUUGUCCAACUUAA